AUGGAGGCCGAUCCUGCCCCGGACUUCUUGAAGCUGCGAGGGCUGCUGGCACAGCCCCGUCUGGACCCCAAGCUGCCCCCAGACUCCCCUGUCCAGCAGGUACUACUGAGGGAAGGUGAGGUCAUACGACCCCUUGUCCCCAGGUCCUUCUGGUCUGCAUGCCAGGACUCAGUCACUGGCCUGAGCUUCCUCCAAGAGACGGCAGAGGGCCCCCCCAACUGGGGGGACACCCAGGCCCUGGGGCCCUGCUGGGAGCUGAAGGCCCUGGGGACUCUGCGACCCCUACCCCUGGCCCAGGAUGCCAGAAACAUGCUGAUCCCAAUCAGCCAGCAACGCCACAGCCUGGGGUCCUGGGAGGCUCCCCCAGCCCAGAGGAGGCCCCGGAAGCAGUCGAACCCCCAGCAGGGUGCUGAGAAAGUGGAUCCCCAGUUCGAGGGGGUGACUCUGAAGUUUCAGAUAAAUCCGGAUUCCAGCCUACAGAUCAUACACAGCUACAGCCUGGCCUGCAGCAGCAGCUCUCCAGGGCCCCCUGCAGUCCCUGCCGGGGGCCCUGAGGCCAGCUCCAGAGGCAGUGAGGCUCUGGGUGAGUCCCGGACGCCUGAGAGCAGGCCCCGGCGCUGUGCUUCCUGUAAGACCCAGAGGACCCCACUUUGGAGAGAUGCGGAAGAUGGGACUCCUCUCUGCAAUGCCUGUGGUAUCAGGUAUAAGAAAUAUGGCACCCGGUGCUCCAGCUGCUGGCUGGUGCCCAGGAAAAAUAUCCAGCCCAAGAGGCUAUGUGGCAGAUGCGGGGUAUCCCUGGGCCCCCACCAAGGCACAGCUCAGGAUGGGGAUCCCAGGUGGAAGACCCAGGCCUCAGGCCCCAGGGCCCCUGUCUCAGGGGGUCAACUGGCCUCCAUUGCCUCUGCUCCAGCCAGGCUUGGCUGAGCGUCUGCUCAGGAAAUGCUCUCAGCUGUGACACUCAGUUUUGUUAAC